CUAUUCAAGAAAAAGUAAGCCGAUUAUUCAAACAAAUUCAAACCCUCUCUCUGAUUCUCUCUCCCUGGAUUGGAAAAGAGCAGAAGAGCCGCAGUAGAGGGCUCAGAAAUUCUCAAUCUCAUCUUCAACUACCUAACUUCAGGGUUCAGGUAUCUCUUCAAAACGUUAAUUUAACUAAAUCCAAAGUGAAUUCAAUGAAAUAACAGCAUGUUUUUGCGUAAUUUUGAAAUCCCAUAAAAAUCCAUGCUUGGAUCUGAGUGAAUGAUUCAAUGCUGAGGUGGAGUUUCACCAUUUCGUGAUUUUCCAGUUGUUUUUUUUUAGAGAAAAGAUUGAAUUUUAGUGAAGUUUUGGGUAUCCGUUUGAGAAAAAAUUAUGGUCAGAGAGCAAAGUAUAGAGUCAUUUUAUACUCGGUUACGUGAAUCGGCACGAGCCUCGGCUUCCUCCACUCCUCUGCUAAUUUUCCCCUCGACUUCUGAUGUCGAUUCGCUAUGUGCUUUAAAAAUAAUAGGUCAUGUUCUUGAAUCCGAUUCGGUUAGGUAUGCUUGCUACCCAGUCUCGAGCUUCAAGGAAAUCCAUAAGUAUGCAGGGCCUUCUUUGAGUUCGUCUUCGGAUGAACCCAUUACAAUAUUGCUGAUAAAUUGGGGGUGCCAUAGGGAUCUUAGGAGGGAUCUUGAAAUUGGUCCCUCUGCACGUGUUUUUGUUGUUGAUAGUCAUAGGCCGAUUCAUUUGCAUAAUUUAAGUAGCCAGAAUGAUCUUGUAGUUGUGCUCUAUGCAAAGGACGAUGAGCACCAAGCUGAUUUGGUAUAUGACUUCGAUGUGUCUGCUUUGGCCAACGAGUGUGAUUUGAACAGUGACAAUGAGUUUGAAGAUGAUUCAGAUAGCGAGGAUGAGAGUGAUAGUGAGGAAGAGGAUGGUGGGGAUGGUACUCGAAAGAGGAGGAGAUUUUCGGAGGAAAAUGAGAGCGAUCCAGUUAAGCUUUUUAGAAAGUUGAAAAGAGAAUAUUAUUAUAUGGGUACUUUCCACGGGAAGCCAUCAGGGUGCUUGAUGUACGAGCUAUCUCAUUUAUUGAGGAAGAAUACUAAUGUGUUGCUUUGGCUGGCUUGUGUAGCUUUGACUGACCAGUUUGUACACGAGAGGUCAACAGAUGAAAGGUACCAGGCUGGUGUAAUGGAGCUCGAGCAGCAUAUCAAUAGCUCGGGAAACUUGGAUGCGAUUACCUCGGUGACUCUCAAGGAUGGGACAAAGGUUACUGCUCCUGAUACUUCUCGAAUAGCUUAUGAGGAUGAACCAAGGUUGAUGUUAUUGCAAGAAUGGAACUUGUUCGAUUCAAUGCUAUGCUCGUCCUACAUUGCAACUAAGUUGAAAACUUGGAGUGACAACGGGUUGAAAAAGAUGCAGCUUCUUUUAGCUCGAAUGGGAUUUGCGAGGGAGGAGUGCAAACAGAAGUUCCAGUAUAUGAGUGUAGAGAUCAAACAUAGAAUGAAGGAUAUGUUUGAACAAUAUCUACCUGAGUUUGGGCUUACUGAUUUUUAUUACAGAGGUUUUUUGCUACUUCAUGGGUAUAGCUCGAAAAUCUCUGCUGCAGAUGUGGUAUAUGGUGUGACUGCCCUGCUAGAGGCAUCUAUAGAAUCGGAUGGCUCCUCUGGUUCAAAGCAGUUUGGAGUAGCUUAUGAUGCCUUGUCCCUAAGCAAACUUGAGAAGCUGGAAACGGGAAUGCGACAAGCUAUCAAGGUACAGAGAGCAGUUCUUAGACAAGGCAGUACAGCCAUAACCAAGAAAGGAUCGAUAAGAAGUGGGAGUAAAUUCCGGUGGGUGAAACUCGAAGAUUCAGCUGAUGCCGAACUCCUAUGCCACCCUCAGGCUUUAACUAAAUUUGGUUAUUUUCUGAUGGAUGCUUUACGCGAGAAGGGAGCAAGAAUGAAGCCUUUGGUCUGUGUAUGCUACACUAACGAGCGAAAGAAGGUAUUGAUAGUCGGAGUUUGUGGGAAGCUGCGGCUAGGUGCAGUUCAAGGAAAUGCAUUUGGAUUGGCUUUCAGAAGUGCUGCCGAAGAGACAGGAGCUGAGUACUUCCACGAGCUGUUUGAAUCGUCAUGGAUAGUUUUGGAUGCAGUAGCUGUAAAUUCAUUCAUGAUCAGGUUGACAGAGAAGCUUUUAUAAGAACUUCAUCAAUUUAAUUUUUUUUCUUUUACUUGAAUUGUGAUUCUGUCAUUCGUGGAUGCCUGUAUUUUUAAUUAAGAAAAUACUUCGUCGAUUAGUUCUAACUUGUCUGUAACGAUGCGAGAUAAUAACAUGAUUGAGUCGUGGGUUAUUAAAGAGUUGUUUGACUACUUGACA